AUGUCUGCUAUUCCAUUUGUCUGGAAAGUCGAUUUGAGUGACCCUGCUCACCCUAAGACGACUAAAGUUUACCCAGAUCCGCCUCUGACAAUCGCAAAUGGUGCAUAUUACCAUAAUGGCUCUGUUUACUGGGUCCAGGAGGGCCAUCGUUGUAAUUCCUUGAAUGAUAUCGUCGUCUCGGAAGAAGGCGUGGUCUUUUUUACCGACGGGUGGUACGGCUGGGAUAAUUUCAACGAUACCAUGAAGCCUGAACUGGCUAAUGGAAUUUACCGAUGGGAUAUGAGAACCGGUAACAUCAAAGUGGUCGAAGGAGCAGCCGACGGUGCAUAUGUCAAUCCAAAUGGAUUGGCCUUCAACCAUGACCAGACAAAACUCUUCAGUACGAACCGCGGAUUUGCCAGUGCGGAUGCAGAUGGUGGUCGAACUAUCUACAUGCAUCGUGUGACCAAGUCCGGUCUGUCCGACCGCGAAAUAUUUGCGUAUGUGGAUUCGGGUUUUCCAGAUGGUAUCAAAACGGACAAGGACGGUAGGGUCUAUGGGGUGGUGACUGGGUCUGUGGAUGUGUUCGAUGAAGAGGGAACCCUUAUUGGGCGCAUUAAGGUUGCCCAAGAUGAUGUUGCGGUCAACAUGGCUUGGGUCGGGCAUUGGCUGUACAUCUUUGGUCGGCAGAAGAUCUAUCGGGUACAGUUGAAUACCACCGAGAGGUAG